AUGCCCAAGGCUCUCGUCCUGGCCCAGGCAGGUAAAUUACGAUGCGCCUUUCCGGGGGCCUCCCUAUCUACGAUGCCGUGGUUGCUCGAUCGUGAGGAGUAUGAGCUCAUUCAAGUAGGGGUAUACGGUGCUUAUCUGUGGCAGCUCGGGGCCCAGGGUGCUCCCAAAUUAGCAGACCUCGGACGGCUUGUUAUGCAGUACAUAGACGCCCGCCUUGAUGAUGUGAAGCAACGUCUGGAUCGGCUAGAGAGGUGGCAAGCUAGGCUGACGUGCUGGUGGCAGCUGGUUAGUGUUGUAUGGCAUAGUGUAUGGGCCUUGGAGAGAGGUAAGGAGUGGGAGCAAGCAGUUAUAACUCUACAGUGGCUUAUUCGUAUCCUACCUUCACAGCUACAGAGUCCUAGCAGGAAGGCUAAGUACCUGCAUAGGCUACGUAUUGAUUUGAGUCAUCUUGGUAGGCAGGCCGAUUUCCCAUAUAUGUUGGCGGAGGCCACUGUGGAGGAAAUAGACCUGGAAAGGCCAGACUCACUACUGCCGGACCCUAUUAUAAGGCUACCAGGACCCGAAAAAGUUGCUCUCAGUGGUGGUGUCCCGCCUCAUAUUGUCGUCAAUGAGUAUGAUAUUGUCGACUGUGGGGCCGGUAGAGCCUAUGGUCGAGUUGAGGCGGCAACUCUGGACCAUUUGGGUUGGCCAGGCGUCCAUGACGAAGGGGUAUGA